AUGAAUUUAUUGCGGCCACGACGCAAUAACAUAAGCAGAGACGAACCACAAAAUGUUGAAAUGAUCGAAGCGCCAGAACUAGAGUCAGAAUCAGAGCCUAUUGCAUUACGUGUAACCCAACAACAUAAAGGUAAACAAAGUAGAUUACGAAGAGCUACAGCUUCCCGUGCUACGUCAACAAUAACAUCGGGAGCUCUAGAGCAACAACAACAACAACAACAACAAUCCCUUAGCCCAACAUCAUCUGAUGCUCUUCGUAGUUUAUCACCGAUUUCAGUUUCAUCAUCUGCAUCAUCUGAUUGUGAUAAUGAAAUGCAAUCGGUGGGCUCGCAGCCAACACAGAGAUCACAAGCAGCACAAUCAAUCGGUCAGCCUGUUCAUCGGCGCACACAGCAGCGCAUAAAUACAUUGCACGAUGCACCACAAAGCAUCCCAAAUGGCAAUCACAUAAUGCAAAAUAUAAAUCAGUUGAACGCAAUACAACAAGAUACACCAACUCGAUCAGUUGCGAAAGAAAUGAAUGCUCAGGAAUUUGCUAAACACUAUGAAUCAAUGCAUAAUGAUCGAUAUAUCGAUCCAUUGGAAAUGGCUGCUGAAUGGGCGACCUAUCGCCGAAAUAACGCGUUGCGGAGACGUUUGCCGUCAGCAUCACAGCAAAAUAACAGCAAUGACAUACGUAUACCGAGUUCAUCAUUAUCAACAUCAUCGGUGGAAGCUUUUCAACAACAAAAUGAUUCACAGUCAGAUCAACAAAUUGAACUAGAAGAACAAUCACUGGAUACUGUAUUAUCAUCACAAUCAUCGUCGAGAGAUCUAGAUCGACAGCAACUGCAACUGCAACUGCAACAACAACUUGGAGAUCUUGAAUCGAUUGAUGAUAUUAUUGCCAUUGGACAUGAGGAAGAAGAAGAAAAAGAAGAAGUAGUGCAAGAUCUAGAGAUGCCAACAUUAUCAAUAUCGUCUGAUAGUGAUGGCAACCACGAACCAUCGGCAAAUGUGGAAUGGCUUCAACAACAACAACAACAACAACAACAAUCCAUCAGCCCAACAUCAUCUGAUGCUCAUCGUAGUUUAUCACCGAUAUUAGUUUUAUCAUCCGCAUCGUCUGAUAGUGAUAAUGAAACGUUGGCGGCCAAAAGAAUACGGCUUGAACAGCAGCAGCAGCAGCAGCCACAAACACCGGCUUCAGUCCCAACACAAUCAAUCAAUGAGUCUGUUGUUCAUCGUCGCACAGAGCUGCGCUCACAUACAUUGGAUGGACCACAAAGCAUCCCAAAUAGUGUUUCAGUUAUACAGCAACGAAACGUUGAAGCAGUUGAAGCAGUUGCAAAUGAAUUGGGCACACACUUGAAACAAUUUAUCCAGAAUAUCAAUAAUAUAAGAAUAUCAUCACACAUUAAGCGGAAGGUCGAAGAUUUGGUGAAAAAAUUUGAACAAUGUCAUGUCAAUGCCUUACAACGGCUACGGCAUGAAUUUAAUAUUGCCGAUGCACCAACCGAUGAUCAAAACGAUGAACCAUCUACCACAGUCGCACGAAGUAAACGUGCAAAACGAACAAAAUCGACUAGUAAUGUGCCAACAUCGAAACCAAAGCCGGCACCAAAGAAACGAACAACUCGUGCCACCAGUAUGCCGAAUACAUCGAAUAAUGUGAAUGUCAGCGAUGACGAUGAUGGUGACGAUGGCGACGAUGGUGAUGAGGAUUCAGAAAGAUUCCAAUCGAUCAAAAUGGGCAAACGUAAGUCGUUCAAUGAAAAUCUAGUGAAUAAGGAUGAAUUGUCUAGCAUUAUCAAUAAAAUUGUCACGGACAUGAGUCACAAUUGGCGACUUGGCGCACUCAACGUACACUGUAGCCUCAUGCGAAUCAUACAAUCGAACAAUAAAGAUGCCAUUCGUACCGAAUUUUGGAAUACUACGUGUGAAUACUAUCGUAAUUAUUUUGAUGGUUAUUUUCGUGGUGUGUAUGGUAAUUGUAUCAAUGGCCAGACAAAAUUGCGAAAAACAUGGAAAUUGGAUAAAACUAUAAGCAAGUUCUGUCGGAAGCACAAAGUCGUUGAGAAAAAUCCAAUUGGUUAUG